AUGAAAUCCCGAUGGAACACAGUGGUUACUAUCCUGCUGAUAGUUCCGCUGCAGACGUUUCUAAUCGACGCAAAAGCCGUUAUAGAUCAAAAGGCAGAAGAAACCCUUAAUAUUAACAUACCAGACCAAGUGCAAAAACGUAUCGGUUAUGACUACCCUGCCCCAGCUGCACCUAUAACGUUUGACGAGCAUCAGCAUCAUGAAGCGGAAGCUCUGCCUCUGUUACAACAUGAAACUUUACUCGAUCAUCACCACGAUCACGAUGAACACCACCAUUUUGACGAUCACCAUCACCACGAAGAACACAAUGACCCUGGGUAUUGGAAAAAGAAGUUAAUUUGGAAAGAAGGCUGGAAAAAGAUAUGGAAACCAGGCAAGAAACAAAUUUGGAAACCAGACUGGAAAAAGAUUUGGAAACCGAUCUGGGUGCCGACAGAAAUACCAGUCUGGAAGGAUAUUCAGGUUCCGGCAUGGAAGCAAAUCUGGAAGCCUGUGUGGAACGAGAUUCAGGUGCCAGCAUGGAAAGAAAUACAGGUGCCGGACUGGAAGAAAAUCUGGAAACCUAUCUGGGUACCGAUAAAGGUGCCCGCAUGGAAGGAGAUACAGGUACCUGCAUGGAAGCAGAUUUGGAAACCAGUAUGGAAAGAAAUCCAGGUUCCCGAUUGGAAGGAAGUUCAUGUCCCCGCUUGGAAGCAGUACUGGUAUCCGGAAUGGAUCAAAAUAGGCGUCCCCGGUGAGAAGUAUCUCGGCAAAGAUCAUGACGGUUGGGAAUAUACCAGUCAUGAUCUAUGGAAGAAAAAGCUUGUCUGGAAAUCGGGAUGGAAGAAAAUUUGGAAAACCGAACAGAAACAAAUCUGGCGCACGGAUAAAAAGUUGGAAUGGAAAUCGGCCUGGAAACAGAUUUGGCAUCAGGCUAAGAAACAGGUAUGGGUAGAGGAUAAAAAGCUCGGCUGGAAGGAAGCUUGGAAACAGAUAUGGCGCACGGAGAAGAAACAAAUCUGGGUACCGGAGAAGAAACUCGAUUGGAAGGCCGCAUGGGUACAGAUUUGGAAGCCAAGCAAAAAGCUAGUCUGGGUGCCAGACAAGAAACUCGAAUGGAAGGAAGCGUGGAAGCAGAUAUGGGUGCCAGGCUGGAAGGAAAUUUGGUUACCAGCCUGGAAGAAAAUCUGGAAACCAGUGUGGAUAUCCGAGUGGUUCCCCUCACCCGAUCAUCACGAUCAUCACCAUCACGAAGAAAUUGAACACGGUUGGGAUCGAAAGGAUGGCACGAACUCGAAGUUGUUGUUCAAGCGCAGUGAAGCAGAGACCGCCCAACCGAAAGCUGUUGAAGGCCAACUUCCGGAAGUGUCUGCAAACAUUACACCAGCGGUGGUCAAAACAGAUAACACAGAAAACAAAUCAGAUUUUCGGUUUCCAACCUAA